CUAUCAUUAUAAUUCUGUGAAGGAAACGGCAUGGUCUGAGCAAUGGCGUCAGAAAUCUCAUGUUUUGUUCUUUUCUGUGUAAUACUAUUUGCAAAUGGGGGCCCUGUGUUUAAAGAUUUAACUCGAAGUGAAGGCCAAUAUAAGUUAAAAGCUUUAAUGCAAACUCUUAACAAACUAGGCAAUUACAAUGUAAAGCUCAGUCACCACGAGGAUCGGCCAGGAAACCACCAUGAAGACGUUGCACAAAUAUCUUAUCGCGGCCAAACAAAAGGCAGAUAUAACAAUAACGAAGAAAAAAGUAUAUAUGCAGAUACGAACAAGGGCUUAAAUGAGUGGAAACCAAAGAAAAGCAAGGAACUCCCAGCUCGAAAGGACGGCCUCUACGAUUUCCUCUACCAUAUACUCACAAAACUGCAAAGAUCCGGUGAUGAGAACGGUGAGGAGAACAAUGGUUCAAAGAAAGACUGUCUGAAGAAAGUCGGAAAGUGCACAGAUUUAGACUGGCCCCCCAGCAAUAAAACCAAAGUUAGAACAUUCGAUGACAACACUCAAGAAAUUGCGGAAUUUCUAAACGAACUUGAAAAGGAACUGGGAUUAACUGGCAUUAAUGACAUUAAGAAUAAAGUUGAUUAUGCUAAUAAUUACAACAACAAGAAUCGAGAUAGUGGGGACGCUUCUAAUGACAAUAAUGAACGAAACAACGCAAAUUAUAAUCAACAUCUUCGGUGUAUAGGAGAUAAAUGUAGUAGAAGAACAGACGACGUAAAUUACAAUAACGAAGAUAGAUACAAAAAUAUUCUGCGCUGUACUGGAGCAAGCUGCAGCAGGAGUAGACUACAACACGCCAAUAACGAUGCAUAUGAAAUAGAUUUACUACGAUGCAUCGGGGAUAGAUGCAGUAAAUUUAACAGCGAUGACAGGGAUGCCAUUGAUAGCUUACGUUGUAUGAGAGAUAGAUGCUUGUCAGAUGAUAUCUCUGAAUCUUUACGUUGUGUUGGAAACAGAUGUGGUCGGAACCGCAACAUCGACUCUGAAUCUGAUGCUGAUUCUGGUAGUGAUAGCAAUGACGCUGAUGAUGAGGAUGAUGAGUACACCGAUGACGAUGAUGACGCUCGUAUGGAUCCGAACGUUGCUCUUGCAAUAGCUGAACUAGGACUAAAUAAUUUACGUUGCAGUAGAAAUCUGUGUACUUACACUGAUGAUAGCAAUAGCUUGCGUUGUAUUGGCAACAGAUGCGCGCGAGAAAGAGACGAAGAUACUAAUAGCGACGAAGUUAAUGUAAUAGAAUUGGAUGGGCUGCGAUGCAUAGAUAACAGGUGCGAUAGAGACAGAGAGAAUGAAGAUGACAGCAGAAAUACUGUUCGUUGUUCUGAAGACAGAUGCGACCGUGACAGAGUGGAGGGUGAAGGUGACUCCAGUUACUCAAACGCUAUUGUUACAGAAGACGAAUUACUUGGACACGUGGACACGCUCAUAACAAACGUUCUUGCUAAAAAUUUAAGAGCAAAUUCUUUACUAGAAGAUGAAGACGUACAGAUGUUAUUGAAGGAACGAAAGAAGAUUAUGAAGGAAGUUAGAAAAAUAGUGAGCCAAAUACACCAUGAGUAAUCCAAUGUCAAUCAAGCAAUACCUGAUUUGUUAUAGAUAGUUAUUAAGAUUGGCAUUUUGUUAAGUCAAAUUAUGUAACAUUUUGAAUUAUCAACCUAUUAAAAUGUAUU